AUGGGGGCAGUGUGGUUGACCGACCCGUUGGGGUCUCUCAGUCCUGGAGCUGUGGACCUGUGGACCUGUAUCUCCAUCAGUGUUUUUUCCAUUUGGGCUGAAGACGAAGGCUGCCACAGGUUUUGCACUCUGGGACCGGGCCUGGCUGGUGGUCCAUUCUUGGCGGGGCCCGAGGCCAAAGAGCUCCCUCCAGAGUUGAUAGACGUCCUAAAGCGCGUGGUGGCGAAGGCUGAGGACGGCGGUGGCACAUCCAGCGGCAGCGAGGUGAAGACCUCUGGAAAGAAGUGGGCGGCGAUAGAUAAAUUCGGCAAUUCUGACAAAGCCAGCGAAAUGCAACGUGCCAUCUUCAUUUGGGACGAGGAGACCUGCCAGAAGCACAUUAAAGAGUUUCUGAAGGACAAAGAGCCGCCUGAGAAGAUGACAGGUGCCCAGCUGGUGAUGGAGGACGUGGCCUGGAAGUCCAAGGAGGACCAGGAGAAGCGGACUGGAGCCCUGGUGUAUUGCGCCAAGGAGUGGAUGUGGAGUCAGGUGGAUGCGGAGGUGCCCUUCGAUCCAGUGGACCAGCAGAUGUCCGACGAGGAGAAGAACGCGAUCUUGAAUCACUGCGUGUACUUGUGGGAUGAGAAGGCGGCCGAUGCCUUUCUUGAGAAGCUCAAAUACAAAAAGCUUGGCCUGACAGGGAAAAAGCUGAUGGACCACCAAGAACGCCUUGGCGCAUUGUCGAUGGAUGACUCAGACAAGGUUCUGGUGCAGUUGGCCAACGAGGCGGUGCUCUUCAUGAAGGACAUCGUGAAAUUUGUCGUGGAAGACAAAGCUUGGCACGACCGGUUCGACCGCUAG